AUGACUGUGGGAAAACCGCCUUCUAUUAACAAGCGUCCAAUGCUGACGGCUUCGCCUCCCGCGUUGCGACGCGCCACCUUCUUUGCAGCGGCCAUGAUGGCCUCUCUCCUCUUGCUCAGUGUGGCCGGCUCGGAGGAAGUCGUCGUCGGGGUGCUGGACGGCACCCGCAAACUGAAUGCGGGGGACAUCAAGGCAGGGUUCAGGGCGGGCGAGAAAAAUUUCAUCACACGCUGUGGCGACUUCGACACACACGGUGACAGGUUCAUCGUGGUACUAGAGAUGGGGAACUUCAGCGACUAUCUUGUUCCC